GGAGGGCUGGGGCGGGAGGAGACAGGCUGACUGGGCAGGGGUGCAGAAGAGGGGGUAUGAGGAGAAAGGUGGUGUGGACGCCCAGGGAGGCGCACAGGAGACAGGGAAACUACUAUGGGCAUCAGCGUGGGGAGGAGUUUGUGUUGGGGCAGGAGGGGUUAGUGUAUGCCAGCCUCCCUGGGAUCCAUCCAAUCCGCCCCAGGGUCCUUCCGAGCUUCCCCAUAGUCCAUGUGAGCUGCAGCCCCGAAGGACGCCACCUACCCUCUGUCUGCCCCCACAUAAAGUGUCAGGUGGCGAGGCCGCCGCGCUGGUGCGUGCAUUGCACGGCAGGUCGGUGGUGCAGACCCUGGUGGUGCUCACGGGGGUUCCCAGACAGCAAGUUUGUCUUUGGCAAGGGAAACUUACCAGCUGAUGGCAUGUGCACACCCAGACUUGCCUGCGCCUUACAGACCCUCCCCUACUCCUCAGAGAAGACCAAGGAAUCUGUGGACAUCAUGUGUGUGUUUCUGAACAUAGAGAGGAUGACAGCUCUGACCAAGAAGACCCUGCAGACUGCCUGGGGCGUCCAUGUGUUGGACAGGUUCACUAUCAUCCUGCACAUAUUCUGCUGUAAUGCCUACACCAGGAAGGCCUGGCUGCACCUGGCGCUGGCAGAGAUCCCCCUACUCUGGCGGGUCACCCCUGCUCUGAUCCUUCGUCUGGCGAAGGAUGGCUAUGCAGUCGGAGGCCCACAGAAUCUUCAUGGUGUCUUCACUGCACCUGUCCUCACCACACCUGUCCUCGCUGCACCUGUCCUCACUGCACCUCUCGUUACUGCAUCUGUCCUAACUGCAGCUGUCCUCACUGAAGCUCUGCUCACUGCAGCUGCCCUCACUACAGCUGUCUUCAUCACAGCUGUCUUUACCUCACUUGUCCUUGCUGCAUCUGUUCUCACCUCACCUCACCUCAUCUCACCUCAUCUCAUCUCUCCUGACUGCAGCUGCCCUCACCGCAGCUGUGCUCACUGCAGCUGUCCUCACCUCACCUCACCUGCCCUCCCCGCAGCUGUCCUCACCUCACCUGCCCUCACCGCAGCUGUGCUCACUGCACCUGUCCUCACCGCACCUGUGCACACUGCACCUGUCCUCAACUCACCUAUCUACGCCACACUUGUCCACAUAACCCCAUGGUUCCUCUUACCCACUGAGCCUCUUCCACAUAGGUACAGCCUUCCAGGGCCCUGCAUCCUGGCCGUGUCUGCACUCCUGGGCCAUGGGCUAGACAAGCUGAAGGCGAUGCUGGAGGAGUCUGUUCUGCAGGCCACUGGCUAG